AUGAGGAGUAUCUGGUUGUUCUGCAUUGUCCUGGCUCGUGCUUUUUGUCUUGCUAGCGAGGGUACUUUCAGCGUCAAUGAUGAUCUCUUUGCCUUUCCACAGUACGACCUCGAAUUCCUGGACUCCUAUAUCCUAGAGUCAGAAGCCCUUGCCCACCUCCACGAAGGGCAAAAUGAUCCCUCCCGACAAUCGACACCUGAAGAGGUUUGGUCUGGCGACCUGUCCACCCGGUUAGACCACCCCGAGACCGACGACGAUGCAACAGGUGCAAGCGCAAAUUUCCCGGGGACGUACGAACGCAUACUCCUUCACGGCUAUCCGCAUUUGUGCUUUAUCCCUGAAGCCAAGGUCACCAACGGCAAUGACACGGCGCCGGAGCCGUCUGCGGCAGAUCGAGAAAAGGAACUAGACCGUGCGGUCACGAGAGCGUCACACUUACUCCAGGGAAUGGCAUCGAACCAGUGUCUCUACUAUUCGACCGGCUGGUGGACCUAUUCAUUCUGCUACAAUGCGCAGGUGACGCAAUUCCACGCGCUCCCACCGGGAACGAAUGGUAGAGUUUGGCCGCCGCAGGAAGACCCAACAACACCGAGCUACAUCCUGGGAAGAUUCGACAGUCAACGAGACAAGGCCCCAGAUUCGCAAUCAUAUAGAGAUCAUACCCCUUCCACAGAAGUCAGGUCCAAGGCCGAGACGAACUAUUUCGUCCAGCGGCUGCAAGGCGGGACCACCUGUGACCUUACUGGAAACGACCGCAAGAUUGAGGUGCAAUUUCAUUGCAAUCCACAGUUGACCGAUCGGAUUGGUUGGAUCAAAGAGAUUGCUACGUGCUCGUAUCUCAUGAUCAUUUAUACGCCGCGCCUGUGUCAUGAUGUUGCCUUCCAGCCACCAAAGGAGAGCCGAGUUCAUCCAAUUACCUGUAGGGAAAUCAUCUCGCAAGACGAUGCGCCCGUAUGGGAAAGUCAUCACGACGAGGCCAACUCGCAACAGAAUCUCGAUCAGGGAUCCACCCAGCAGAUAUUGCUGGGUAACGUGGAAGUGGGCGCAAAGAAAUACCUGGGGCACGAAGGAAAACGACUGGAGAGGGGUCGUAUCGUGCUGACGCAAGACGAAAAGGCCGAAACUGUGAUCAUGCAGAAGAACGGCCACAUCUCAAGCCUCUCGACGACCGAGCUCAAAAAGCUUGACCUUAGUCCUGAGGACAUCGAUUCGUUCCGUAAGGAGUUGCAGAAGAUGGCCGGCGCCAAAGACUGGAAGAUUGAGCGGUUGGACGACGUCAAUGGUCAUGUUCAACUGCGCGGCGUUGUGAGUGCGGAAGAUGAGGUUGAGGAUGAAAAGGAGAUUGACAAGACUCCUUCGGAAAAGGAUGCUGAAGCACCUGGUACCGAGGAAGAAUACGUCGAGGUCUGA